GCACCGCAUCCGCACCUCUCCUUCAUCCACUCCCAUCCAGAGGGAGCUCCCUCGCCGCUCCCUCCGUCCAGCGCAGGCAUGUCCGAACGCCAAUACGGGAUUCCGCUGGGCCACGUACCAGGAGCGCCUCAUCAUCAGCACAACAGCGACUCGGAGUCGUCGGCAAACACAUGGGCCUCUCAAACAUAUUCUGCAGGCGACUCACACGCCCCCGGGAAUCUGUACAGCACUCGACCGCCAUCCCCCGGUCCAUAUGCUUCGGGACACGAGGCACCGCCACCACCGCCUCACAUGCAGCGGCCGGCGAGUCCCAUACAGCAUGAAUCGCAAAGCUCCCUGGCACCACUCACAGCGAACCAGGCCAUGGGCUACUCGCGUUCAUCAUCGCCCACCCGGAGUUUUAUCAACAAUCCUGCCAUGCCCGCGGCAGGUGCGGGAGCAGGCCUUGGCAUGGGAUCACGCGAAUAUGGCCAACAACUACCCCGCGGGCAUUCUUACUACGGCGACGGCUACGAAUCUUUCGAUCCUAGCGUAAUCGAGGACGAUGGCGAUGAUGGGAUCCAGGAACCCAUACGGCCGCGGAGUAGGCUCGGAUUCGGGCCCGCUGCAGGAGCGGGUACUGCUGCUGCGGGCGCUGGUAUUGGCUUGAAGUCACUGACUCGAGACCACAACGGGAAUUAUGGACCGGUGGGCCACGAUGCUGAGAAGUCGGAAUGGAUGCAAAAGCAGACCAAUCCUGGGAACCGAAAGAAGAAGUGGAUCAUUGGGUGUAGUAUAGCCGCAGUGCUGGUCAUCGGCGGCAUCAUCGGGGGUGUCGUCGGAGGCAUCCUAGCUAAUCAGAAGGACGAGACGAACAAAAGUGGUGGCUCUGCAUCGGGCUCGGGCUCCUCAAAAGAGCUGUACGACAUCAACUCCAGCCAAGUCAAGGCUGUGCUCAACGACGAUCGUCUGCAUAAAGUCUUUCCGACAAUCGACUACACACCAUGGUAUGCGCAAUAUCCUGCUUGUCUUUCUCCCGGAGGCGGGCCUACCCAGAACAACGUGACCCUGGACAUAGCACGACUGUCGCAACUCGCUCCGGCCGUCCGCCUCUACGGGACGGACUGCAACCAGACGGAGCUGGUGUUGGAGGCGAUUGAACGCCUGCAAAUGCAAGACACUAUGAAAGUGUGGCUCGGGGUAUAUCUGGACGGCAGAAAUCAGACGACGAACGACCGUCAGUUGAAAGACCUCUACCGUAUCCUGGAUGAUUACAACCACGAUCGAUUCGUGGGUGUCAUAGUAGGCAACGAGGUCCUCUACCAGAAAACGAUGACGGUGUCGGAGCUGGGUGCCCAGCUGGAUUACGUUCGUAGUAACUUCAGCUCCAGAGGCAUCAACCUGCCCGUAGCCACUGCAGAUCUCGGCGAUAAUUGGGACGCCAGUCUUGUCGCAGCGUCCGACAUUGUCAUGUCAAACAUUCACCCUUUCUUCGCGGGAACGGUAGCAGAACAGGCUGCAAGCUGGGCUUGGGACUUUUGGCAAAACAAGGACGUGGCGCUGACCACUGCCAAAACCGGCACAAUAGGUGCGGUGACCUACCCCAAACAAAUCAUUUCAGAAAUUGGGUGGCCUUCGGAGGGCGGCAACGACUGCGGUGUCGCCACUGCCGAUGAUUUCGGUUGCACGAGCGAGACCGACGGAGCAGUCGCCAGUCUCGACAACCUCAACACGUUCCUGGACGGCUGGGUUUGUGAUGCCAUGGCCAACGGCACAACAUACUUUUGGUUCGAGGCUUUUGACGAGCCAUGGAAACACCAGUUUGACACGGAGCACAACAAGUGGGAGCCUUUCUGGGGUCUUUUCGACUACAACCGAAAUCUCAAAGAUGGCUUGAAGAUUCCCGAUUGCGGCGGCAAGACCGUAGAAAAGCCUUAUUAAUUCGCCGCAUUGACUCCGUGUGAAUGGGGAUGGAAUUUUGUUUGCGUUUAUCGAAUGCUUGGCAUUGACCAACAGGCAGGGACUGGAUAUCGACGGACCGGAUGCACAUGGAAUGUGGUUGCGCACGAUAACUGAUAUGUAUCUGUGGCUAUGGUAUUGGGAUCGGGGGGUUUACAUGAUGAGAGCGAGAGAGCCAUGAACAAACAGCGUAGUUCCACCCAUGAGGCAAGGGUGAGCUGGCUUGAAUAUGAACAAGUAAUAGGGGAGAGGCUUGUAGAUAUAAAAUGCCGAAAGAAUG